CGCUCGGCGGAGCUGCUGAAAAUGGCCGGGCCCGGGACCGGGGCCGCGGACGGGCGCUCCGCCUUGUUCCUGCUGUUGGCGGCGGCGGUCGGUCCGAGCGGUGCAGGGGCCAAGUAUGUGAGGGGCAAGAUCAACACCACCGAGGAUUGGGUGUUCCUCACCAGAUUCUGCUUCCUAUCCAACCACGGGAGGCUUCAGUUCCACUUCAAGUAUCCCGAGGCCAACUGUUGCCAGAAUGUUCUGCUGUACUUUGACGACGCCACACAGUGGCCAGCCAUCUAUCAGAAGCAGAACCUGGACUGUUACGAGAAGGAGUCUGUUCUACGACCAGAUAACAAUCAGGUCAUUAACCUGACAACGCAUUACAUCUGGUCGGGUUGUGAGGUGGUGGAGGAGGAGCAGACCCGCUUUCUCAGCUGCCUGGGAGGCAGGAGCUUCCGCUCCGUCAGAGAGCGCUGGUGGUACAUCGCCCUCAGCAAGUGCGGGAGCAGUGGGCUGCAGCUUCACUACGAGAUGAAACUCACCAACGGCCACUCCUUCUGGACACAGGAGUUCUCAGCGGACGAGGCCGGGAUCUUAGAGACAGACAUCACCUUCCUGGGCAUCUUCCUACUCCUCUUCUGCAUCUCCUGUUACUUUGCCCACCUGCUGAAGGCACGACUUCUCCUACAUGUCACCUACAAAAUGUUCCUGGUCGCCACCGGAGUAGAAGUCCUCAGCCUGCUGUUUUUCUGUAUUUACUGGGGUCACUACGCUACAAAUGGAGUCGGUAACCACUCUAUCAAAAUCCUGGCCAAACUGUUAAACUCGGUCAGCUUCCUGGUCUUUCUGCUGCUGCUGAUGGUGUUGGCGAAGGGCUUCACCAUUACCAGGGGCCGGAUCAGCUACAAUGGGUCGGUGAAACUGGCCGUGUACAUGACCCUCUACACUAUCACCCACGCUGUCCUAUUUGUCUAUGAGGCAGAGUUCUUUGACCCAGGGCAGGUGCUCUACACGUAUGAGUCUCCAGUGGGAUACGGGCUGAUGGUGCUGCAGUGUGUGGCCUACCUGUGGUUCAGUUACGCUGUGUACAUCACCCUGAAGCAGCACCCGGAGAAACAGGCCUUCUACAUCCCCUUCUUCGCCGCCUACACCCUCUGGUUCAUCGCUGUCCCUGUCACCGUGCUGAUUGCUAAUUUCGGCAUCCCGAAGUGGGUGCGGGAGAAGAUCGUGAAUGGGAUGCAGCUGGGCAUUUCUCUGUAUGCGCAUACUGUCUUCUUGGUGAUCACACGGCCCUCGGCGGCCAACAAGAACUUCCCGUUCCAGGUGCGGAGCUGGCAGAUCGGGGCGGCGGGCGGAGGCCAGCUGGCUCUCCCACAGCGACCCCGCGGCAACGGUGGCACGCUCGGGACAGAGGCCGCCACUGGCUUCACGGAGCUCUUCACCAUCAGGCCCAUCGACGGCAGCACAGGCACGAUACCGGCCACCAAAGGCAGUGAGGAGACGGAGUUCCCCAUAGAUUGGAUCACCCCUGGGUCUGGACCUCACCCUGGACUCUCUCCUAACAGCCUUCCCUCCCUCUACACAUCCUUGGGGGAGAGCCUCAGUGUACAGGGACUCUGUGGGAGACACAUAUACAGUCGCUAGUGAUGGGGUGGGUGGGGGUGGGGAGGGAACCUGGAGAGGGAGCCUCUCUCUGUCCAACCCGUGGGACGGUGUGGAGGGAGCUUCACUCUGUGUCUGACCUGGACGUGUGUGUUUGGACAGUGUGGAGGGAGCUUCACUCUGUGUCUGACUCUGGGAGUGUGUGUUGGGACAGUGUGGAGGGAGCUUCACUCUGUGUCUGACCCCGGGAGUGUGUGAUGGGACAGUGUGGAGGGAGUUUCACUCUGUGUCUGACCCCAUGAGUGUGUGAUGGUAUGGUGUGGAGGGUGCUUCACUUUGUGUCUGACCACGGGAGUGUGUGAUGGGACAGUGUGGAGGGAGAUUCACUCUGUGUCUGACCCCGGGAGUGUGUGAUGGGACAGUGUGGAGGGAGCUUCCCUCUGUGUCUGACCCUGGGAGUGUGUGAUGGGACAGUGUGGAGGGACUUUCACUCUGUGUCUGACCCUGAGAGUGUGUGAUGGGACAGUGUGGAGGGAGCUUCACUCUGUGUCUUUAAUCCACUUUCAGCUGCUUGCUGUGGUCAGUGGUAGACCACUUACACUAGAUACCCCCAACUCUGAGUGCAGUGUGCCAACUGUAAAUAGUCCCCCCUGGGUCGGAGUACUGGGGAAGGCAAGCUCUAUUUGUACAUUUAAACAUGGGCUACAUUCCCUGGGGUUACGUGAGCGACAAAGGGUGAAAUGGUGGGCGUUGGGGGUGUGAGAAAAUCACUGGGUACCGACCACCUCUAGGGUUGGAUCCCAUGGAGAAGGUAUUACAGGAAAGUUAAUAGUUGGGCAGAAGAUUGACUGGCUGGCAGGAAGCGAAGAGUGGGCCUUUAUUUUUUGCCUUUGGUGUCUAGUGGUGCUCACAGAGGUUGGUGUUGAAACCACUUUUGAUACAUCCCUUGUCAGUAAUUUAGAAGAUGGAAUUGAUGGCUUUGUGGCCAAGUUUGCAGAUGAUUCAAAGCUGGGUGGAGAGGCAGCCAAUGAUGAGAAAGCAGGGAGUCCAAGCCCUCCUUCAGACAGAUGAGGAGAAUGGGCAAGGAAGUGGCAGAUGGAAUACAGUGUAUGCUCAUGCAUUUUGGUAGAAGAAAUAAAGGUGUCGACAACAUCCUGAACGGGGGCAAAUUAAGAAAUUGGAGGUGCAAAGGGACUUGGAAUGAUUUCCUGAAGACUUACUUGCAGGUUGAGUUGAUAGGAAGUAAGGCACGUGCAUUGUUGGCAUUCAUUUUGAGAGAACUAGAACUUAAAGGGAAGGAUGCAAUGCUGAGGCUCUAUAAGGCAUUGGUUUGACUGCACUUAAGAGUAUAGCGAGCAGUUUUGUGUCUAUGAAAGGGUGUGCUGGCAUUAAAGAGGUUCCUGUGACUGAAAGCAUCAUGCUCUGAGCCUGUACGCCCUGGAGUUUAGAAGAAGAAGAUAUUGUCUCACUGAUCAAUGCACACAAAAUGCCGGUGGAACGCAGCAGGUCAGGCAGCAUCUAUAGGGAGAAGCGCUGUCGACGUU